UUCCUGAUCGGUAAGUGAUGAACGAGUAAGAGUCACCACCGGUGUGUGCGUGAAGCUGAAGUUGAUGUAGAUGUGGAUGUGGAGGUCAUAUAACUUGCGUCCAACAUGUCUGUGUUGUACCCAACCUUGUGCCUCUGCGCGUAUGGCUUAUUUUCCAACAUGAGGCCUUCGGAACCUUUCCUUACCGCUUACUUGAUGGGACCAGACAAGAACCUGACCGAGGCGCAGGUUGUCAGCGAAAUCUACCCAAUUUGGACGUAUUCCUAUCUGGCUUUGCUGUUCCCGGUCUUCCUGGCCACGGACUACCUCUGUUACAAGCCCGUGUUGCUUUUGCAGGCAACGAGCUUUGUGGUCACUUAUGUGAUGCUGGCCAAAGCGCAGGGCCUCGGCCUCAUGCAGCUUCUGGAGUUUUUCUUCGGGCUUGCCACGGCCUCUGAGGUGGCCUACUUCUCGUACAUCUACAGCGUGGUCGAGCCGGCGCACUACCGGAAGGUGACGGCUUACUGCCGCAGCGUCGCUCUUUUCGGCUCGGCCGCCGGCUCGCUGACCGGCCAGCUCCUCCUCACUGUGGCCGAAGUCCACUUGGUGCACCUCGUGUGGGCCACGCUGGCAUCGGCCGCCGUGGCCUUCAUCCCGCCCUGGUUUCUGCCCAUGCCCAAGAGGAGCUUGUUUUUCCACAAGAAAAGCGAGGGGGCGACAGAGCGCCGGUCUGACUACAGCGGUGCGCUCAUCGAGAAGGUUGACAACAAGGUGCCUUUGGACAAGGAGGUCGUCUCAACUGUGUCCCUGUCGUCCGAGGAGACAAAUAGAAGCUGUGGUUUAUCGGAGGUCCUGAAGAUGCUUUUGGCCGACUUCCUGCACUGUUACAGACGAGGUCCCUUGCUCGCGUGGUCACUGUGGUGGGCGCUGGCGACGUGCGGUCACUUUCAGGUGCUCAACUAUGCUCAAGCGCUGUGGGAGAAAAUCCGCCCCUCCGGCGAAUACGACAUUUACAACGGCUACGUGGAGACGUUGUCCACACUGCUCGGGUCUCUGGCCGCCCUCCUGGUGGGCCACCUGCCUGUGCGCUGGACCGUGUGGGGAGAGCUGACCUUGUGCGCCCUUUCGAUGCUCAUGGCGGCGUGCGUGUUUGUCAUGGUAGCGCUGAGGAGCAUCUGGCUGUGUUACGGCUCGUAUGUUCUUUUCAGAGCGACCUACAUGCUGCUCAUCACAGUUGCCACAUAUGAAAUAGCCUCCAGUCUUGACAUGCAGCGCUAUGCGUUGGUGUUUGGCGUCAACACCUUUGUGGCUCUGCUGCUGCAGUCUCUGCUCACUCUGGUGGUGGUCGACGCGGCCGGCCUGGGCUUGGGUGUCUUCUCCCAGUUCUACGUCUACGGUGGCUACUUUGCCGUCAUCUCCGCUGUGUUCUUCUUCGCCGGGCUUUGCAAAGUGGCCACCAGGCGGCGCUCUGACCAAGAGGUCCCGUCCAGUAGUCCGGCAGACACAGACGGCACUUAAUACAGUCUUGACGGGAGGAGGGGAGGACCCCAAAGUGUCAGCAAACUAGCAUAUUGUCUUUUUUUGCUUGUUUACAUCCAACAAAGCACUUCUGCCACUCACGGAACAGAAUCAUUAGUAUUAAACUGACUGCACUGACACAGAAAGACAUGCUGUAUACUUAGGUCUUGUCUGAUUUUGUUUGUAUCAAUCGGGGGCCUUUGACUUGAAAGCAAUAUUAUAUUUUACGUGUACUUUCUCUUGUUCCCUUUUAAAAAAAAAUACAGUUAAUGUAUAUGUGUGCGCCUGAAAUCACAAGGCACAGCAAAAGAUGAUGAAGAAUGUACUGUUGUGUAUUUGGUGAGGGUGUUAUAAACUCUUGAUUUGUUAGUGAAUUGUAAACCAAACAAAGAGGUGCGAUGAGUGUAUGGUUCGGAGUGGUUGAGAGAUUGUAUGUCUGUCUCCAUGUAUCACUAUUAUGAGCUUUCGAACACUGAAUUCUG